AAAUAUAAAUACCUUCAGCCUUAUUAUUGUUAAAAAAAACUUCAAGUUCAUAAAUAAAUUAAAAUGUUGAGGAACCGUAAGACCACAAAAAAUCAGAUGGAAGUUAUUAUAAUCUUCCUAGAAAAUGACAGAUUGAUGGUAACCGGAAAAACACAUCCAUUGCACAUGGAAGAAAUAAAAAAUAAAUGGACAGAACUUACAGGUCUUCCGAACGGUAUAGAGAACGGAGCUAGAAAGCACCAAAAACAAUGGAAAUCAUUCUUGUACGAAUGGAAAUCAAAAACUAAGAAAAAAGCUCGCGUCCUCAGGGCAAAUAUAUUGAAAACUGGUGGUGGAGGGUAUAGUUGUACCAAAUUGACUCAGCUGGAAAAUCGAGUAAUGUCCAUUUUUGGCUGGGUUCUGGGUUCAUGUUAUUGAGUGCCCCGAUGCUCCUGAAGAAGUUGGCCCAGAUGGAAAGAACAAUAACAAUGGAGGAUAAGGAAAUAACAAUGAAACACAAGAUGAACACAAUGAAGCAAAAGAAAAUAAUAGGGGAACACAAGAUUUACCCACAAAUACCGAAAUUCUGAUGCAUUAAAAGCAGUCCCUUCCACCUAUUAAUUUAAUUCUAAAAUGUUAUCUAUGUAAUAGAAAAACAGUAUUAUGUAUUUUUAUAUUUAUCCUGUUAAUUGAA